UGGCAAUCACGAAUAAAUGGAUGAUGAUUUAAAACUAAUACAUAUAUAGGUGCUUUUCCCGGAUUGGUCUUCUAUGGAAGAUUAUCUUUAUGGAAUGAUGAACUUUAUCAAGGCUCAUGAAAUCAUGUAUGAAUCGGAUAUCAUUCAAAGAACAGAUAAACUCCUUGAUAAUAUCUAUCAUCUACAAUCCAUAUUGGAGAAUUAUACCGACUUUCUUGGAACACACUUGAUAAAUAAUGGUCAAAUAUGGAAGGAAAUGGGUUGGUUAGUAGAUCAAUCCAUCUUGGAUGCAACGAAACAACGACUUAUGGAUAUUUGUAUCAACUUGCAAGAUGAAUUAUAUGAAGAAAUGUCAAAGCAUGGCUAUACGGAAAAGGUGAUGGAUUGCAAUAUAUCUGGAUUAGAACUAGUGGUAGUGGCAACCAAGCUCACAGGUCAACCUCUUACUAUAGAACAAUUUACUUUUUGGAGAUCACUAGUGAUCCUUUACGGUCAAUGGACUUGUCAAGAAAUGCAAUCAUUAGGUUAUACAAACAAUACUGGUUCCAGUCGUUUAGCUCUUAGACUAUUGCAAUUAUUAAACAAUAUGACUCGUAUACUCACAGCAUUCAACUCAUUGAUCUCUAUCUUUCUACCCAGCAACCAAUCAUUCGAUCUACAACCUUUAAACACAUUGGCUUCAUCACUAGUGGACGUAACAUUCAACGUGAUAUCAUUCAUCGAUCAGAGAUCAUUGAAACAAAAUCAAGUUUCUAUAAGACGAUCUAAUGUUAUGCGGAACACAUUUUUACCCAUUUUGUACUUGGAACAAUCUUUGAUCACGUUUGCUGAUGCGGUGGUGGCGAUAUACAAUUUGACAGGCUCAAAUACUCAAAGUUAUAACAAACGCAUCAAGUGGCUGCAUGGUUUAGUUGAUGAUACUGCUUAGAUGUUAGAUUUUUUUUUUUCGUGUCCCAAAAUAAAGUUUAUUUGAUC